UGUGCUGGCGACACUACUGGUUGUGUCAGAAGGUGGUCUAACUGGAGUGCACUUGAAGUGGACACAAUGCCAGUCAUUAAGAGUCUAAGCCGGGCUGUCAGGCAGGUUUUGCAGAGACCAGGCUGUGGCUGUCAGGUUGCCGUCAUGCCAGUUCGGUGUCAUGGUUUCUCACCCCGGCAGAUAACCUCAGAUGCUAGUUUUCAUUCUGUAUCUUUCUCAGAAACAGAUCAUCCCAGAGUAUUAAUUACAGGGGGAUUAGGCCAGCUUGGAGUAGGACUUGCUAAACUCUUGAGAAAACGCUUUGGGAAGAACAAUGUGAUCCUGUCAGAUAUUAGAAAGCCACCUGAUCACGUCUUCUAUAGCGGUCCUUUUAUCUACUCUGACAUUCUUGACUACAAGAACCUGCGUGAGAUAGUAGUGAACAACCGGAUAACGUGGCUGUUUCAUUAUAGUGCUUUGCUCAGUGCUGUUGGAGAAGCAAAUGUCCCUUUGGCAAGAUCUGUAAAUAUCAAUGGAUUGCACAACAUUCUUGACAUUGCUGCUGAACACAACUUGCGACUCUUUGUACCCAGCACAAUUGGAGCAUUUGGACCCACCUCCCCUAGAAACCCAACCCCUGAUCUCUGCAUCCAAAGGCCAAGGACGAUCUAUGGUGUCUCCAAAGUCCAUGCUGAACUCAUGGGAGAAUAUUACCAUUACAGGUAUGGACUGGACUUCCGGUGCCUGAGAUAUCCUGGCAUUAUCUCAGCUGAUUCCCAGCCUGGUGGGGGAACAACUGACUAUGCAGUCCAAAUCUUCCAUGAUGCUGUAAAGACUGGCAAGUUCCAGUGCAACCUAAAACCAGACACUCGCCUUCCAAUGAUGUACAUUAGCGACUGCCUGAGAGCUACCUUGGAGAUCAUGGAGGCACCUGCUGAGUCACUGAGCAUGAGGACAUACAACAUUGGAGCCAUGAGUUUUACUCCUGAGGAACUGGUUCAAGAGGUCCAGAAGCAUAUUCCAGAACUUGAAGUUGCCUACAACGUGGAUGCAGUCAGACAAGCCAUUGCUGACAGCUGGCCCAUGGUUUUUGACGACAGCAAUGCACGCCGCGAUUGGGGAUGGAAACAUGAUUAUGACCUUCCGGACCUGGUGACCACAAUGUUCAGCUUUCUUGGCUCUGCCUCCUCUAUUACCAGGAUUGCCCAGGUCAACUGACCCUCCUUGCAUAUUGCAGUCCCAAUGAUCAAUGUGACUGGACCAAGGCCAAAUGAAAAUUUCCUCAGUUUCUAAGCCUUGAAGCAGCCCUGACACUGUUACACUUCCCACAAGUGUGUUGGGUGACUGAUUUCUCUUCGUUCACCUUUCUCCCAGUUUUUAUCAAGCUAGCUGAAUAUGACUUGGUAGUAUACUGAGAACAGUGUUUCAAGUAUUCCUGGUUGCAGUCUAGCUAUUGGUCUUGUGGGCCAACAUUAUUUUUAUUUCUAUAAGAUACAACUUGUUUCCCCCUCUAAAACAAAAUACUUGUCUGAUACCUCUUAUUUCUUGGUGCUUCUUCAUAUCUUUUUGUUGGUUAUUGACUUGAACUUUAGAGCUAAAUUAACAUUAGCAAAUGCAGGGUUGGGACCACAUAUUUGCUGAGAUAAUGGGAAUGUGGGAGCCAGGGGCAUUUACAAGGGGAUCAGCAGACAAAAGAAAGGGUGCCCUUAACCCUUCCUACACCAGCCAGUUCUCUUCUGGAAAUGCCACUCAGAUCAUCAAUAUUAGCUUUUUUUUCCUCACAGCAGUCCCUUGAAGCUGAUUGUGCUAAAAGACCAACUGGCCCAAGGGAACUCAAACCCUGGACUCCUCAGUCCAAGUUCAAUGCUUUAACCAUGGCAUCCGCUCUUUCUACUAGAUCUUCCAAGGUGUAGCUUACAAUACACAUAAUCAUACCAGAGACUUAUGGCAGAUUCAUGCUACCAAUGCAUAAUGUAUUGUUUCAAACCCAGAUCAAUUUUUUUCUCACCUGGGUUGGAUGUGCAUGAUGGUGUUACUCAGUGUAAAGGAACAGGACAGCCCAGCUGCAUCUCAGGUGAGCGCCUCUUGACCCAGACACUGAUGAGGUGGCUUCUUGAUGCCGCAUUUCUUAAAGAAGGUGCCGUGUUUCCUUGCAACAUUUAUGCAAGUGCACCAGGACUCUGGCAACAGAAACCUAACAGAGCAAAAAGGAAAGAACAUGGCAGCAGAAGAGACAAAGGACUGGAAUGCCAGUUGGAGAUACAGGUGACCUGAUAGGUCCUUGUUAUGCCAGGGAAGAACUGCAUGGUAAACUGGCCAUUUGAGAUGCUCACCUGCCCCAAGGACAGCUUGCCAACCAGCUAAGCUUUCACUGAGGUUGAUCCUGGCAUUAUGUACAUUAAGAUCUUUAAUCUGCUCACUUCCUCCAGCAGUGUAGCCGUGAUGCCCAGGGGAGUGAGGAAAGUGAUGAUGGGCCUGCAUGCAGACUUGGAUAUGCAAGUCAAAGGGGGGGGGGGCAAAGGAAGAGUCUGCUUCGACUUGGCAGCUCUUCUCCGUUUCUUCCACUUACAAACAAGAGCACUUUUUGGAGCUUCCGUAUCAUGUCAUGCUUCAGUUGUGUCAUUUCCACACUUUUCUUCCGUUCAUUCUUUCUCAAAUCUGCAAGAAAUGGUGCAUGUUUUCUUGCCCUGUGAAGAUUCUGCUUACAUGGGCACCAUGGGUCAUCUAAUCCAACCCCAUGCACAAUGCAGAAAAUUCACGACUACGUUCCCCCUACAAUCCCAGUGAUUCAUGCUGUAUGCCCAGAGCACGGCAUAGGAGGACUUUUCUUAAAUAGUUAUGAUUGCACUGUAAUGGUCUAUUGCUAUUUAAUAAUUUACUUUCAAGUUUAAUAGAAGUGUUAUGGUGGUACAGUGCAUGUGUGAAGAAAAUAACAAAAAGGUAAUGAUGGCCACAAAAGACCCCUCCCCCCAAAGAAUAACUGUGGUGUCACUGCAGAGCACAUGUGGAAAGGGAAAGUUAGAAAAAGAGACAGAGGAAAGUGCAUGAAGAGCUCCCGAUGUGGACACUCCAGUGGCAACAUCAUGUCAGUGCAUUCAGAGUGGCAACAGAAGCAAUGUGAAGAAUCCUUGUCAUGUGGAAGCUGGCAAAGAGAGCUAAGAAGCCAAAGUUAAACUGCAAACCAGCAUUUUUUUUCCUGUAUGAUAUAGUGGUACACUCCCCUUGGAUGAAUAAAAAUGUAAAAGUGUA